AGAAGGUAUUUUAAACACAGCGUGAUUUUAAAGCAGCUUCACGUCGAGCGACGGAUUAUCAGGUGUGAAUUAGGACACACGGAGCAGGCCUCUUUCCCUACGUGGGAAUUGUAUUAAAUACCUUUAGAGAUAGCAGGUGUUUGUGACCUGAUUAAAGAGCCGGGAGUUGAUGCUAACAAAGCUAACGCGAAGCUAAGGAUUUCACUGAAGAAUAUCGUCAGGUGUUGGGGACAGGUGUGAUGGUGUGUGGUCAGCAUGAAGCAGAGAUGGAGGUGUGGACAACGAGUCUCCUGCUGACUCUGUGGCUUGUUCAGGGAUGGAUCACAACAGCAGUGAGCUGCUAGGAGAUCCCGGAGGAGAGGCCACACAGCGCACAGACUGGGAGACAGCCGAGUCCAUCAGUCCAGAGAAGAAGCAGAGGAGAGGCCCAUCCUGCUCAGGGACAGAAGAUCAGAACUCUGAUGGUUCCUGGUCUCAGAGGUCAUUCUCUCGCUCUCUGCAGCGGGCAGAGUCAUUACUCCGCAGCACCUUCAACCCCAGCCUCAGGUGGCUAUUUAACGUCCGCAGUCAGGAUGAUGACGACAUGGAGGAGGGAAACUUUGUGGUCGCUCACAAUCUGGUGUCCCGCUCAUCUGCACGCCUCCUGAGGCUGCAGCAUGCUCUGCUCACUGUGGCCCCCCAGUGGCAGCAUGUGGGAGGAACGCCUGGGUCUGCACAGGUGUGUGUAAAAGGUCCUCCAGGUGAGGGUGGCCUCCUUCUCCUGCCUUCCCCCUCCUCCCCUUCUCUGCAGGAGAACUACAUGGCUCUGAGGAGGCUGCAGGAGCAGCGCUCUCUGCUGCUCUUUAUCCAUGAGUUCAGCAGGAGAGCUCACCUGGCAGCAGGCUUUAUCUCCAGAGUCACACAGCUGCUGGAGAGAGCACACCUGAAGCUCAGCCAGACUCAGUCCUCGUGGUCCUCCUUCAGACCAAGUCUAGUUUCCAUUGUCCAGGAGCUGAGGGUCCACCUGGCUCAUUGGUCCAGUCUUACUUAUCGGGCACGGUCAGACGUGGACCUGAGGCAUGCGCUGGUGCAGCUCACCAGGCUCAUUGAUCAGGUCCGUCAGAGUCUGGACCUUCUGGUCCUGCAGGCCCUGGUCUUGGUGGAGCGCUACGUGGUCCUGGUCCUGGGCAUGGUGGUCCGGUCUGAGGUGGACAGCAUACCUGUGGAGGUGCUGGAGGAGGUGUUGGGGGCGGCGGGCGUAUUUAAUCACACAGUGGGGGAGCUUAGAGUCCAGCACACUGCCACCCAGAGGAGGACUUGGAUACUGCAGCAGGCCCACAUCCCCACUCCAGGUCCUGGUCUUCCUUCCGGCAGAGGGUGUCACCCUGCAGGAGUCGGGGUCCGGGAUCUGAUGGUCCUGUUAGCCCAACGUCAUGCACACACUGCCCCUUCUCACCUGCUGACGCCCCCCCGGGGGAGUCUGGACCAUUCAGACUGGACCUGGGACCAGCUCAUAGACAGCAUAACACUUAAAACCCCUCCGCAGCAGUCUGCUCCACCCACAUCCUCACAGGCUCUUCCUUCAGAUUCUGGUUCUGAGCCUCUGUGGGGGGUCCAGCAGGACCAGAUCUCUGUGGAGCUGCUGGUCCGUCUGCUGAUCUGCUCUGGUGAUCCGCUGCUUCCUGUGACAUCACAAACGCCUGAAAAAUUUGAUCAGUCAGCUGACAGGACCAUUGGACACGAGCCAGACCUGAUCCAGGACCAUCAUAAGGACUCACCGGAGACGAGAUCAGCAAUUGACACGUGGACCAGCCCAGGUGUUGGUGCAGACUCAGAGAAGGAUGUGCAGCCUGCAGUAACGGAGCUUUCCUCGGACAGGCGUCAGCGCUGGUCUCCCUCAGUGACGUGGUUAGACCUUGGUCGGUCGGCUCUUUGUGCUCAGGUGCUUGAACAGUACCGCCCCCUGUUGGUGACUCUGUGCAACAGAGCUCUGUGGCUACACCUUAUUGCCCCUCCACCUCCAAAAUGUGCCUCCAGCAUUAAUCUGCAGGCUCCACCUACCAGGAUCAGCAUCGUGAACAAAGUUCGACUGGCGGCACAGACAGAUCGGCUUCCAAACAGGUUCAGGAAAAUGCUGCAGGACUUUAGUCAGUAUCUGUUGGCCUCUACUGCACAUGCUCAGUGGGACUAUGAGGUGUGUAGGAGUUUAGGCUCCACCCUGAAGGACAAGUGUCUCACAGAUGUAAACCGCCAGCUGACCUAUGAGCAGAGCAGAGGUGUGAUGAUGUCAUCAACCAUGGAGCGCUUCCUGUGCCUGCCUCCUCCUCUGAUGUCAUCACUUAGCAGCUGUCAAUCAACCAGCAGGAGCACAAAUUCAGGUCAUCUCACCCUACCCCCCUCGAUGCUCUGUCUGCAUAGACACACCAUUAGCUUAGCAUUAGCCACUGUACAGCUGUCUACAGUGUGGGUCAUGUCCAAGUCCUUCCAGUUCCUGUCGUCCUGGAGUCUCAACAAGUUCCUGCUCAUCACCCAGGGAGACCUCAAAGUGCUGUCAAAGUCUUUAGAGGGGAUGCUUCAUGAGAUUCAGGCCUCUGAAAGUCCAUCUGCUCUUCAUCAUCAUCACCAUCAUCAUCAGCCCCUGCUGAAGAAACAGCUCAGCGAUCUGAACACAGCCAUGUCUCAGCUGCAGACAUUCUCCUCGGUGGUGCUGCAGACGUUCUCCAGAGACUGUAAGAAGAUGUCCGGAGAGAUCUUUGAGCAGACGAUGCCUGCUGCCGUUCACUGGAGACUCAACCUGCGGACAGGAUUUCCCAGCAGUCCUAGCGCCUAUGCUUCUGAGGCAGCUCAGUCUGUGAUUGGUCAGGUUUUGGAAGGCGUGGCUCCACUGUCUGAUGAUGCCCGUGUGCAGGCUCUGAGCAUCACCAUGACGGCGUUCAUGGAGGCAUGGAUGGAGCAUAUCCUCAGACACAGGAUUAAGUUCAGUGUACAGGGAGCUCUGCAGCUAAAGCAGGACUUUGACUGCAUCAGAGAAAUGAUCCAAUCAGAGCAGAGCGGACUGUCAUCUGAUCUACACCAACGACUGCUCAGCCUCAGGGUGUUCCAGCAGGUGGACUCUGCUGUUGUGUGUUUGUUGCAGCAGCCUCAGGGGAAGCCAUACCUUCGGUCGAGGGUGUGGGAGCCAUUCAUACACUGCUGUCCCUCUCACAGAAACAGCAUUGACUCCAUGGUGGGCAGCAGUAUAACCAACCUCAGGUGUAUGGAGGGGGAGGAGCUGACUGACCCCUCUGUAAUGACAUCAGACAUCCCCCCUGUGGACCCCUCCUCCCCUGGAGAGCCUUACCUGGCCCCCAGUGCAGCUCUGGGUUCGACUCAGCAGGACUGGUUGGACCUGAGGAUCCACAGUAGCUCCACUCGACGCUGGAGACUGCCUGGACUGCACUGCCUGGCCAAGACUGAACCAUGAGGAACUCAAGACCAAUACAACAGACCAACAGGACCAUCAUAUACCACCAUGGAUGACCACAGAAAACAAUCAGAGAUUGCAUUGCUUAUCCAAGAAGGAACCAUAAAGAACCAGAGACCAUCACAGAACAAUAGCCAGCAGGAACCACCAUCAUUUAUCGUCACAGAUGACCACAGACAGCCAUCUGAGACCCCAAGCCGUCUAAGACCAAAGCAUGAUCCAGCCCAGAAACACGUAGAUAAGUCAAAUGUUCGUUAAACAGGUUUAUUUACUGUUUAGGAUGAUUAUUUUUUAAAUAAAUAAAUCAUAUUUAUUCUUUGCUUAUUGUGUUAAUGAUAAAUAUUUAUGCUUGUAAUUGCUGCUUGUUAAAAACAUUAUUUUUGUAUUCUUUAAUAAAAAUAUUUUGUAUUCAUAUA